AUGGCCUCCUCCUUCGCCCAGUGGAUUCGCUCCCCCGCCGCCAUCAAGUACUUUUGCAGCACGCAUUUCUGGGGCCCGGUCGCCAACUGGGGUCUUCCGCUUGCCGCCCUCGCAGAUCUGAAGAAGGAUGAGGAUGUCAUCUCGGGGCCCAUGACGACUGCCUUGGCGUCAUACUCCAUGGUCUUCAUGCGGUUUGCAUGGCGCUCAGUCCAGGGCUUGCGGUUCGUCAACUAUUGGUACAUGGGAGGGAAGGACAAAAAGGAUGCGGCGGCCAUCGCUGCGCCGCCCGCAUCUGCUUCGUAG